CUUUCCCCUCUCCUCCACUGCUCCAUGUUGCAUGCACUGACAGCGACGACCGCCCGGAUCACCUCUCGCCUCCACCUCGCCUUUGCAUCCACCCCUGCUUGCCGCUUCCCUUACACGCGCGCCAUGUCUUCCCUCGCCACCGUGCACACCGACAAGGCCCCUGCCGCCAUCGGCCCAUACUCGCAGGCAGUCAAGGCAAACGGCAUGGUCUACUGCAGCGGCCAGAUCCCGAUCGACGCCGCCACGGGCGAGCUCAAGCUCGGAUCCAUUGCCGAUCAGACGGAGCUUGUUCUCAGCAACCUCCGGGAGGUGCUCAAGGCUGCCGGCAGCGACAUGAACCAGGUGGUGAAGACAACUGUUCUCCUCAAGGACAUGAAUGACUUCCAGGCCAUGAACGAGGUCUACGGCAAGGCGUUUGGAGACCACCGCCCGGCGCGUGCUGCGUAUCAGGUGGCGCGCCUGCCUAAGGACGUCUCGGUCGAGAUUGAGGCCAUCGCCGUCGUGCCGGAGUGAUUGCAUGCUCACACUCACGCGCACACUCACGCACACACACUCUCUCUCUCUCUCUCUCUCUCUCUCUCUCUCUCUCUCUCUCUCUCUCUCUCUCACACACACACACAGCAACAACAACAACAACACUGACAUGCCCAUGCACUUGUCAUUGAAUAAACGUCUUGCACAAUGCUG